UUCGUUGGAAUAGGUCAUGAUUUCCAUAACUUACUCGCUACAAACACUUUUACACAGAGGCUAUCAAGUUAUUCGAGCAGUUGAACAAUAGGGUGAGUAUGCCUUCCUACAACCGGUACAAAGCUCUUCUCAUGGACUUAAACAGCAUUUUCCUUUGGGUAGCAUGCGACAGCAGAAGAACGGGAACAUAUCGCCUCAAGUGCAGGAGCUCACGCAAAGGCCUAUUUCGAAGCAAACUCCAGUUAGACUAUGUAUAAAUAUGGUAGCUGCCUGUGGUGGCAAAAAAUAAUAAAGUAAUUAAACAACAAAGAUGGCGAGUGGAUUUUGGUGGCGAGCUAGACGACUACGGCUAUCGAACAUGGCACGCUG